AUGAGCGCCAACCAACGCACCGAUUGUUUCUUCAACCUAACAACAACUGAGCGAAUUGAUCUUUUCAGGAAAAGGCAAUCGCUUCGACUCGAAAAUGUUUACCGAACUUAUUACGGAUGGUUAAUGAUGCCCUUGGCAAUUAUUGGAGCAAUUUGUACAGCGAUCUAUCUUGUUAGCACCUACAAGGCAAUCAAGUUAAGAAGAGUAUCUCGAAAAUGCUAUAUUUUGCUCGUAAAUCGAGCAAUUGGAGAUCUUUUGACUUGUACAAGUGCAUUGGUUACAGUAAUUUAUGUUUUAACUUGGCAUGAUAUAAAUCGAGAUAUGGUGAUGGUGAUCGAGUCGUUUUUCAUCGGUUCGUUUUGGUCAGCUAUGAUAUCCUACACUUCGCUAUCAGUUCUUAAGCUUUUUGCCGUCUGGAAACCGUUUCACUAUCGAAAAUGGUUUACGAUGAAAAGAUGCAUUUAUCUAAUGAUAAUCAGUUGGAUUAUUUUCAUAAUAAUGGUUAGUUAUACUUUGGCGGUGUCAGCACUUGUAAAACUUCCGAGUUUGAAUUCAUGGUCGGGAUGUAAAGCUGAAACGUGUUUGAGAGCAAUGUACAAAUCCAGAAAUUUUCUAACAGCUUCAGUCUACUUCUUCACAUUAAUAGUUUUCAUUUCGACAGUAAUAUUUUUACGGCGAGCUCAAAGUUUUAGCAAUUCGUUUAAAAAGAGGGAGGAAAAUAAAGGUGGUAGAAUUCGAAUGGUUCGCUUCCCAUUAUGGAAACUUGCAAUAAAUGUCGGAACUUUUGCUGUUCUCAAUGUUUUCUACGUCAUUUGGUGUGUCCUAUUGGUAUUAAACACAGACCCAUGUCUUUUCCAGAGAAACUUCUCUGAAAUGAUGCUGAUACUUGGAAUUGUGCGAACUUCUUUAGUAAUACGUUGCAUUUUGGAUCCAAUUUUAUCCUUUUUCACAGACUUCCAAAUUCGACGAUGCUUGCUUGAGAUCUUGGGCAUUCGAAAGAAAAUCGCUGAUGCUGGCUCGCGAAGCACGUUCAAACAGUCGUAUAGCUCAAGCAGUGCUGAUCAAAAUUCAAUAAUUGAUAGAGGAACGCGUAGUCAAACAUAUGAAAACAAAAUGAAUAGCAGUGGGCUGAAAUAUCAUUCUAUUGAAGAGCUGCAAAGCAGCAGCUCACUACCCCGAGAAUUGUCUAAUAAAUUUGAAAACAUGAAAUGCGAAGAGGUUCACAAACAUCUGAAAAAUCUGCUUGAAAAAGCUCGAUCGGCCCGUGGAGACAAUGAAAUGCAGUAUCAGCAUUAUAUGAGAUCUGCUGAGCUCGCGGAUAUUAUUAGAAAACAUAAAGAUUUUAAAAACUUUAUCAAACAAAAAAGCACUAAACUGUUAUUUCAUAAGGAUUUUACAGAUUGUAUUGAACAAAUAACAAAUCUUCAAUCAGUUUUGUCUAAGAAAUACGAUGAGUUGAAACUUCGAAAUGACAAAAUGGAAAGAGUAAAUUCAAUUGAUUCGGCGAACGAAUCAAAAGCAUCGGAGCAAGACAUAACAAUAUCCAAUGACAUUUUAAUAUCUCCUAAAGAACUUGUAAGAAUGGUGGAAAAGGAUGCGAUUAAGAAGAGCGCAAUUAUUCUAGAUUAUAGAGAAAAUAAAAACGAAGUAGUGUAUUACGCAAAUGAACAACUUAUUACUGUUAUUGAUAUUCCUUAUGAAAUAGUCAAUAAAUCCAUAAUUUUCACAAAAAUUCGUUCAAAUAUCGAAGUAAAACAACGUGGUUUGCUAUCGAGAUUAGGGACAUACGAUUUUGUUGUUCUUAUGGAAGAUAAUACGCCAAGUUUGGAUAAAGGAAUUCCGUUACGCGACACAAAUGCGAACUACAUGUACCGAGCAUUGACUGAUUACGUUGGAGCAGAUAUUCGGUUAAAGCGGCGACCAAUGUUCAUGAAAGGCGGAUUUUUCAUGUGGAAAAGUCAAUAUCCAACAUAUACGAAACUUGAGGGUAAAGAGAAUUUUCCGCAAAAGAAUCGAGACGAACUCGAUAGUUUUGUGCAAAAAUACAAAAUGAUAUCUUCUGUUAACUUUCCAAAUAUCACUGCCCACGAACCGUCUUCGAAAAAUGGCAAAGAAAUUCAACCGAAACAGCAAGAGCCUGUCCGACGGCAGACUCUGUUAAACGAUCCCGGAAUUCCGAAGCCCACGUUUCCACCAACAAAGUAUUCUCCAACAGUGUUUCCCGUUUCCAUUCCACCAACCCUUCCUGAUGUGAAACCAAAUGGAGCACCACUUCCUCGCUACGAUAGCAUUCCUCCAUCUCCACUUCAGGAUGCGAAUUUCGCUCAACCACCAGUCCCGUCACUUCCUCUACACCCUGCAACCGAAAAUCAAAUGUCCCACAUUUCCACAAAUCGACCAAGAAUUCCGCCUACGCCUGAUCGUGGCACAAAACCUUCAUUAAUGACUGCUGAACAAGAAAAUGAUUUAUUUUCAAUUUAUGAUCAACUAAUGACCGCAGCUGAACGUUCAGGAACGAAACGACAUGGGGCGGUUCCUGGAAUAACAGGACUUUAUAACAUGGGAAAUACUUGCUUCAUGUCAGCGACAUUGCAGUGUCUAUUCCAAACACCUCAUCUUUCAAGCAUUUUCACGAGAAAAGUGUUCACAUCGAAAGUGAAUCUGCAUAACAAAAUGGGAACACGUGGAAUAAUUUCGGCUGCAUUCUCAACACUCAUUGAUAUUGUGUGGAGUGGACAAUAUCAGGCAAUUAAACCGAAUCGUUUUUUGCAUUUGUUUGCUGAUGAAGUAAAUAGUUCUCUUGCUGACGGCCAGCAACACGAUGCCAGCGAAUUUCAGCUUUUCCUUCUCGAUGCCCUCCACGAAGAUACGAAUGAAGUUAUCACUCGAAUAUCGUUUGAGCAGAAUUACAAAGGCGGGGAACAUAUUGUACAGGAUGCAGCUGAUUAUGCUAAAAAGAAUCAAAGAUUUUCGUAUUCGCCCAUCACUAGAAUAUUCAGCGUUCUAACUGUUUCCGAGCUUCGAUGCUGCGCCUGUUCUGAAUCUUCUGCAACUUUUGAAGAAAAUAGUCUUAUUUCCGCUGAAUUAGCAACUGGACACAAUGGCCAAUUUGUACUCGAAGAUUGCCUCAGGUCGCACUUUUCACAAACAAAAUUGGACGGGGGCAGUAGAUGGAAUUGUCCACGGUGUAAAAGUUUGCAGCCGGCGGUUCGAAUAACGAAACUUUGGUCCCUUCCCCCGGUUUUGGUGAUUCAUUUAAAAAGAUUUUCGCUAGUCAAUGGCGAAUAUGUCAAGAAUUCAGCGCCGGUUGUGUUCGAAAAAACGCGUUUCGAUCCAUCCUCAUGUCUUCAUCCGGCUGCGUCCAGAGAACAGAAGACGGUCUACCGGCUGUACGCGGUUACGAAUCAUAGCGGCCGCCUCAAUUCGGGACAUUAUACAUCGAUUGUUUCGCACUUGCAAAGGAAUGAGUGGCUGCGAUUUGAUGAUGAAUCAGUGACAAGCACAGAUUCUUCAUCAAUUGAUAUAGUUAUGGAAGGAGUGCGCUUGAAUCUCAUUUUCCUGGUGCUCAGCUCGUUCGCCACAGUUGUAAUCGCUCAAACAUCGCGAUCACAACAAGCAGUGAUCGCAGAUCUUGGCAAAUUAAUCGUCGACAAUUGUCCGCCCAUGUUGUGCACCGGAUUGGAUUGCGCAGUUGUUACAGAGAGAAAUGGAUGCCAACUGUGCGCCUGCCCAAUCGGUUCCCCAUCUCGAGGUUGCGACCCAAUGCCGUUCAUUCUUUGGCACGAUCUCAUCGUCAACGGUUGCCCGAAUGUGACCCUCAACAGUCGUGACCCCGCACAAAAAGUCCAUCGCUGGUUCAGACGGGUGAAUCGUUUCACUAAUACCGACCAAUGUGAGCCAUACAUCUUCCCAUAUUGCCCAGAGCUUGACUUCAACCUAUGGAGAUCACCAAGAACCAAACAGGAAUGCGAACUAUACUGCUACUCCAUCGACGAACAACGUAAGCGCGGAAUUAUAUAA